UUUUACAUCAAUUCAGCCACCACCGCAAAGAACUGAACCCACUCCCCAUAACAGUGAGCUGCCAACUGAACCCACUCCCCAGACAAGUAUCUCAGAGCAAAGCAAUCAUAGCAUGGCAUCUAUUGAUAGAAAUCUACUCAGUUUUGGACUUGGUGGUGUAGAAAGCAUAGAAGUUCAAUCUGCUCCAGCUAGUCGUAAUUCAGAGGACCAAGAUGUUACCGGUGGAAAGAAACGCAAACAAAGUCAGAUGGCUGCAAAACUUGGGGAUUACAUUGACUUUAGAAAGGAUCAAAUUGGAAAAACUCUAGAAAAGUUAGAAGAGAAGAGAAGACGUGAAGAAGACUACUCAAUUGAGAAAUGUAUUGACAUUGUGGAUGCCAUGGAAGGGCUAUCGGAUGAACAAAAAGCUGAUGCAAAUGAAGUUUUCCAAAGUGAAACAAACAGAAAAAUAUUAGUGGGCACAAAAAACCCAAAUGUCCGGCUGAUUUGGUUGAAAAAAAAGAUUGCUCAGAAUCAGUGAACAGUGAAUGGUGGAAGAAUAUGAAUAGGAGAAAGCAUGUUGGAGGGAAAGUCCUUGGCUUAUUUUACUAGCUAAAUCUCUUAUACAAUAAUUAGAUUAUGUGGCCACAGUUAAGUUGAAAGCAUUGUAGUUAAUUAAGUAGAUGCUUAAAACAUGCAAAGAGCAUCUGUUCAUUUAGUCCAGCUGGAUGCGAAUGUAAUUUGGUGAUUGAUGUUGCUUGUUGACCUUGUAGGCAUGUUACGGAUUUUAUUUAUCAAGUUGCUAUUUUUUA